GUUACACAGAUUUCGGAAACUAAAAUAUAAAAUGCUAUCAGCAGUUUUAGUUCAAACUAAUGCAAUUGUGUGAAUUCAUUGUAUUGUUUAUUGUAUUUUAGAUUGCUGCGUCCAAUAUAAUGUACAGCUUUGUAUUCAAGCUUAUAUGUGUUUCGGUUAUCUGCUUCAACUCCGUUCAAGGUUGCCAUUAUGGGGAAUACAAAACACCUGGUCGAAAGAAGCGAUCGACAGAUGUAGCAUUAUAUGAUUCAACGAGUCUUAUAAUAUGGUUUACCAACUGCAUGAAGCGAACGAGUGCGGCAAGUACAAACGAUUGGUACAGCGCAACAGCAUGGACGAUAGCUGAUUCGAACUGGUUCUUUUACACAGAGAACAAACACUGCAAAGAUUCAAGCACCAAUACCCAAGAAACCGAGUGCUGGAUCAGCAAAGUAAAUAGUUUCUUCCACGACCCAGUUGCAACAACAGUCAAAACUUGUAUCUAUGAAUAUCAAAGAGAAACUGCAAAGUCAGGUGUAGCUCCAGCGACUCUGGUAUUGAAAUCAGGCGGUCGCAAACGUCGUCAAUCAGGUGUUACACCGACAUUUCUUCCCACAUCGCCCCCUGUAUGUCCCGUGGUUAACUCCACCAACUACGAGAAUGGUCUCGCAUUGCAAGUUCCACCCGACAGUCGAACCGAUCUCCCACCAAACGAGAACUUUGAUCUUUACUCGGUCUCUCAGUUUCUAAGAAACAACACUUCAUGCUCCGAGUGCGAGACAUACCGACCACGGAAUGUACCUGCGUCAGAAUGUUGGGCUCAACAUUUCUCACAACAAACACGUGACCUCUCUACUGUUAAAUUCCCGGUCCAACGAGUGAAUGCACGUUACGCUGAUGGCGGUGAUAUUGUUGGUGCGUGUCGUGGCAACUUCUUCUGGACCAAAUGGUAUAACACUGACGAUCCCGACAGCGACGAUGGAGACAAGGAGUUAUUACGGACAGUUCUACUUCGGCAGCGAACCAUGGUUUGUGAAACACCAACAGGGAUUCAAGCCAGAGUUGUGCAAGGUGAUCUGCCGUAUGGAAAAGCGAACCAGAACAUUCAAAUAAGUCCAAACCUUGGAUUAAUUUGUUACAACAACGAACAAACCGAUGGAAGAUGCAAAGAUUAUCGUGUACGGUACUGUUGCUCACCUGGUGUCGGCCGAUGCCCUCUAAGAUACGGAUGGUCUCCUUUCUUUGAUCAUUCAAACACAAGUGCUUAUGGAGACAGUGAGGUGCUUGAGCAGCUACGCGUUUCAUAUCCUGGUAGAAUAUGUGAAACACCUGUGGCUAUUGGAGCUGAAACAACAGCAGGGAAACCUUACCAAUCAUCGGGCAACAAAGUCAAAAUCUCGCCAACGUUUGGCCUUCAAUGCAGAAACAGCGAUCAAAUAAAUAUCCGUUGCAACGAUUUCAAAGUCCGGUUUUGUUGCUCAGACGUUGUUGGAAGUUGCCCUCAAUCAACUCAUCAAUGGUCGCAAUGGUUUGAUGAUGGGACUACUGCUGCAGGUGACGACGAAACACUUGUGCGUAUUCGGCAAAGCAACCCGGGUUUAUGUUCGAACCCGACAGCCAUACAAGCACAAGUCAACCACACCAGUAUGCCUUAUGUAACAGGGGGCAACAGACUUCGUGUGGAACCACAGUUCGGUCUUGCAUGCAGGAAUGAUUUACAAAACUCCGGGAGUCUCUGCUCAAACUAUAAAGUUCGGUUUUGUUGCGGUCCGACUGUUAUAACGACCACUGAAACAACAACAACAACAACAACAACAACAACAACAACCCAAGAAGCCACAACAGCGACCCGAGAAGCCACAACAGCAACCUCAGCCGCCAUUAGCUCACUGGUCAGCACACUAAGAAGAUAUUUCCUUAUGCUGUACAACUACCUGCGAAACUUGGCAAAGUAAAGCUUCGUAUAAACAGCUCCCAAUAUAUCCACGUUCAAUAUGUAUAUUACUUAAACGACACACUUUGAUGAUUGUGAAAUUAUUAUCCGAUAUCUUAUUCACAUGAAACACGGGGCUUUAAUACAAACAAGUCAGAUUUCAUUCUGAUUUUUUACAUCACUCAAGACUUGUAGUUUUUAAACCGGAAAGUUUGAGAUGAAAUUCUUAUCAUUCAUAAAAGCUGCUAUGUUUGUAUUGAAAUGGUCCGAUAAAUAAUGUACUUAUUCAUAGAAAUGUCAUAUAACGUUAACUGGGUUAUCUGUCCGUAGAAUGGAACUCAUUUAUUGCGCAAGAAAUCCUAAAUAGUUUUGCAUUAAAAUUGCAACAGGGAAACAACAUAAGCGUUUAUGUUCAUAAAAUAAUAAGAGUAUUGUGUGAAACCUCUAAACAACACAUGUUAUAAUAUUAUAAUAUAUGCCGGUGUUGCUCAUGCGAGUUGUCGCAAUAUAUACAAUAAAGUUCAGGUAUAU